AUGUCUCAAUAUUUCGAUUCUUUUUCAAAAAAGGUCCAAGAACUAUCCACCAGCGUGUCCCAGAAGGCCCAAGAGGCUCAAUUGGAUCAAAAAUUCAAGGAUUUGAAAACCAACCUGCCUCUUUUGGCCAAUUCUACACAACGUAUGUUACAAGAGAAAUUGGGUCAAGUCACUGACAUUUCUCAAUUGCCUGAUGAAUACGUUCAAUUGGAACACAGAGUGGAAACUAUCAAGUUAAUCUAUGAGAAUUUCUUGAAAGUUACCAAGAUCUACGAAAAUGAAAGUUACGAUUACCCAUCCAAUGUCAAGGAAUCCGUCGAUGAGUUUUCCAAGUUGGUAGGCGGUAAGUUACACGAUUUGUCCAAGGUAACAAACAGAGAACAAGCGCAAAAUGUUUUGCUAUCCUCCCCACAAAUGAAAGAACCAAAGACUUUGAAUUACGCUUUAAGUAAAGUUGCAUUAACCAGCAGUGAGCAUGUGGAAGACGAAAGUUUGGCCAACUUCUUGGCCAAAUACAGUGACUCUCAGACUAAGAUUGCUCAAUUGAGACUACAACAGGAUACCAUGAUUCAAACCAAAUUUAACAAGGCCAUCAAGGAAAAGCUAGAACAGGACAUUGAGACUUCCACAAAGGCUCGUAAGUUAGUUGAGCAAAAAAGGUUGCAAUACGAUGUUGUGAGAUCUAACAGAUUGAAGAACACCAAACCUGAAAAACAAGCUGCUUUACAAGUGGAAGAAAGUACUCAUGAAGAAGAAUUUGCAAAGGCUACCGACGAUGCUAUCAUCGCUAUGAGCAAAGUCGUCGAAUUGGCUGACUUCUCUGCCAAUUUACACGAAUUGGUUGCUGCUCAAUUAGCUUAUCACAAGAGUUCUGCUGAAAUUUUGGAAGAAUUGGUAAAUGAAGUUUAA